UCCUCACCCUCUUGGUUUGUAUCCUCUCUUUAAGUUUUUUCAAUAGUCUUGCUUUUUUCUUUUUUUUUAGUAAGAAGUACCGGAAACUCAUAAUCUUGCGUUUUAAGCUGUUAUCUUUGCACCGUGUCUGCAGGUGUUUACGUUUCUAUUCUUGACAUCAGCUAGAGAUCCAGGAAUCAUCCCAAGAAAUAAAACAUCAGUAAAUCUUGAAGAUAGCUCAAAUAGUUCCUUGACACAGUCUAUGGAAAUCCUCAUCUCAAGAUUCCUAGAACAAAAGACGUUUUCGUUAACGGCUACACUAUCAAAGUCAAGUUCUGUGAGACUUGUUUGCUCUACCGUCCACCACGUGCAUCAGACUGCUCCAUAUAUAACAACUGUGUCCAACGCUUUGAUCACCAUUGUCCGUGGGUUGGACAUGGGCUUAAUAAAUCCCAACAAAACUAAUAUUUCUUGAUGUUGUUUUGGGUGGGAUUACGGGCUUCCGCUCGAACCUCAUAGUAUUUUUUUUUAAAACAACUUUCAAUAUUAUAUAUUAAACAAUUUAUAUUUUAUUUUUUAAAACACUUCUUGAUCAUAUAUAUAUAUCCUCUCUUUUGCAGAGAAACUACCCGGUCUUCAUCUGCUUCAUCUCAACGUCAACAUUGUUAUGCAUAUACAUCUUUGCGUUCUCAUGGAUCAAUCUAAUCCAACAGCCUGGGAGAUUGUGGAGUACAAUGUCUCAUGACAUAAUCUCUGUCAUUCUCAUCAUCUAUUCAUUCGUUUCUAUCUGGUUCGUUGGUGGCCUUACCAUUUUCCACGUCUAUCUUAUGUCUACAAAUCAGACAACUUAUGAGAAUUUUCGGUCCCGUUAUGAUAAGAAAGAAAACCCUUACAAGAGAGGGUUGCUGAAGAACGUUAAAGAAGUGUUGUUCGCCAAGAUCCCACCUUCUCAACUAGAUCUCAGAGCAAUGGUCCCAGAAGAAGAUGACGAAUCUGAGUAUGAGUCAGAGUAUAGCUCUUCCAUCAGAUAUGAUAAUGAAAAGGGAGGCAAACUCCCUAAAAGGGUGAGCCCGAAGAAGCUUAACUUAGAUAAUAUUGGCAUUAGCAAUGAAUACAAGACAGCUAAAGAUGAUGCUUCUUCUGAGCUUGAUCCUUCUUUCUUCUCAUCUCAACUAGACUUGCCUAAGUAACAGCAAUGAAAUGACCCUCUUUAAUGUUGUAUCAUAUUUUAUCUAUAUUGUCAGGAAUAUUCUGAUGGAAUAGCAAGCACUCAAAGGAUUAGCUAGGUUUGAUUAGAGACCUAAAGUAAAAUUGUACAAAUGUAGCCCUUGAAAUGUGUUUAGAAAAUUUAAAACAACACUAAACAUCAUAGACUUCAGUAUAUAAAGCAUUUACCGAAAAACUCAAUAUUAUUGAAGGGGUUAACACAUAGACUUGGGAAAAAAUAAAAUAAUAUGACAAUAUUAUUUUAAUGCAUAGUUGCAUCUUGCACUAACAUAUGAUGAAGAUCAAAGAGUUUUGUAACCUUUGUUGUCUCCGUUUCUCUAGAGAAUAGCAAUUUUAGAGUGGUUACUCCACUAAUUUAGGGUGUAUUAUGAAGUUUUACUAAAUUAAUUGAUAAAAAGUAAAACGAUGUCCAUGUACCAUGAAAGAGAGUUUAAUAUACAUUAAUACAAAUGUAGAAUGUGCUUGGAAAUUUUAUAACAACACUAAAGAUCAUAGGCUU